AAGUUUAAAGCCCAGUAAGCCCUAAUAAAGACCUCUCUCUCUCUCUCUUUUCUUCGUUGGCUCUCUCAUUCUCUAGCUCUCACUCUCUCUUCUCUUUUCGCUGAUUUGAUCCCGUACGACCGAAAAAAUGUCUGUGCGAGUUCUAAACCCUAAUGCGGAGGUGCUCAACAAAACGGCGGCGCUUCAUAUGACAAUCAACGCCGCCAAGGGUUUGCAGGAUGUGCUCAAGUCCAAUCUCGGUCCUAAGGGAACCAUCAAGAUGCUUGUUGGUGGGUCGGGAGAUAUUAAGCUAACCAAGGAUGGGAACACGUUGCUGAAGGAAAUGCAAAUUCAGAAUCCGACAGCUAUUAUGAUUGCAAGGACUGCUGUUGCACAGGAUGACAUAAGUGGUGAUGGUACUACUUCCACUGUCAUCUUCAUUGGUGAGCUCAUGAAACAGUCCGAACGCUGCAUUGAUGAAGCUCCUCAGCUCCCUUCUCACUUGCCAGCUCAGCUCCUUUCCACCUUCUUCUCGAAUAAGUAUGUUUAUACCUAUCAAAUGCAUCCACGUGUCUUAGUUGAUGGUUUUGAGAUUGCUAAGAGAGCUACUCUUCAAUUCCUCGACAACUUCAAGACUCCUGUCGUUAUGGGUGAUGAACCUGAUAAAGAGAUCCUAAAAAUGGUCGCCAGAACAACACUUAGAACAAAGCUGUACGAAGGUUUGGCUGAUCAGCUGACUGACAUUGUCGUUAAUUCAGUUCUCUGUAUCCGGAAGCCUGAGGAAGGCAUUGAUCUGUUUAUGGUGGAGAUAAUGCACAUGCGCCACAAAUUCGAUGUUGACACACGAUUGGUUGAGGGGCUUGUUCUAGAUCAUGGUUCGAGACACCCUGAUAUGAAACGACGCGCAGAGAACUGCCACAUCCUAACUUGCAAUGUAUCUCUGGAGUAUGAGAAGAGUGAAAUUAAUGCAGGGUUUUUCUACUCUAAUGCGGAGCAGAGGGAAGCCAUGGUUACUGCCGAGAGGAAAUCUGUUGAUGAAAGAGUUCAGAAGAUUAUCGAUCUGAAGAACAAGGUGUGUGCUGGUAAUGAUAACAACUUUGUUAUCAUCAACCAAAAGGGUAUUGACCCACCAUCAUUGGAUCUUCUUGCUAGAGAAGGGAUUAUUGCCCUUAGAAGAGCCAAGAGGAGGAACAUGGAACGUUUAGUUUUGGCCUGUGGUGGAGAAGCUGUGAAUUCUGUUGACGAGCUGACCCCUGAGUCGCUUGGAUGGGCUGGACUCGUCUAUGAGCACGUUCUUGGAGAGGAAAAGUACACCUUCGUGGAGCAAGUGAAGAACCCUAACUCGUGUACCAUCCUCAUCAAAGGGCCAAAUGACCACACCAUUGCUCAAAUUAAGGAUGCGGUUCGUGAUGGUCUACGAUCGGUCAAAAACACCAUAGAAGACGAGUGUGUUGUGCUAGGAGCAGGAGCUUUUGAAGUUGCAGCAAGGCAACACUUACUCAAUGAAGUCAAGAAAACCGUUCAAGGGCGUGCCCAACUUGGGGUUGAAGCUUUUGCUAAUGCCCUUCUCGUGGUGCCUAAGACACUUGCCGAAAACGCAGGUCUUGACACCCAAGACGUGAUCAUUUCUCUAACGAGCGAGCAUGACAAAGGAAACGUUGUGGGAUUGAACAUUGAGGACGGUGAACCAAUUGACCCGCAGCUCGCUGGUAUCUUUGACAACUACUCGGUGAAACGCCAACUUAUCAACUCAGGGCCAGUGAUUGCCUCACAGUUGCUUUUGGUGGACGAAGUGAUUCGUGCAGGAAGAAAUAUGAGGAAGCCUACUUGAAGAAGUCCUUUGCUUGUAACUUGCUUUCUUCGUUCUAAGCAUCUCAAGUUCUUGUCUUUUUGUCUUAACCCUGAAAGUUGUGUGAAACCUUUGUUUUAUUUAUGAGAAACAUCUAUGAAUCUGAUUUUUGCAAAA